AUGACCGGAGAAAUGACUGACGACAACAAACGACGCGGCAGGAGCUUCUGGAAGAGGAAUAAAGAAUUAAUACCGACAAUUGGUUGUGUCGAGAUGUUAAAACAGGCCAAACCUCUGGUCACCGACGCGAAGGAGUGCCAAACACUGGACCAGAUUGUGAACAACCUUAACAGUCGUAAGAAACCAUUUUUGGACAACCUUAAGCAAUUGGUGGGCGGCCCCGGCGACGACCUACGUAUGCACGCGCUCACCAAACCUACGCUCGACCGACAAAAAUUGAUGUACCGCGAAAUGAGUCGUGGUAACUUAGUGCGCAUGGUGCUCACCGAUUUGGUGCCCGUUUGGCGCACUCUAGAGAUCCGGAAGUACCUGAGAAACCAUCCCAAGUAUAGGCCGAGCCCUCUGUCCGACUAUUUAACGCAUAAGGACUUUGAUUUGCAACCGAUGUUUACGUUUUAUAAGUAUAUCAUUGACUCGCGUUCGCCAAACAUAAAGGACCCCGAAGAAAAUGAGUUGUUCGAAUUGACCAGAGAACUGAUCGAUGUCGAUUUGAAAUCUAUUUUAAUGCCGUUGAAUGAGUCGGUGAUUGCGAGUCCCUGUUUGAAUCAAACGAUUGCGGGCAAAGACCCGGACAAAUUAUAG